CAAGUAGUGCAAUGUAGGGAGAGAAACAUAACUAAUUCCGGAUACUCACAAUCAGUUAUGAAUGCAUUUGUCAAUAGAUUUAUAAGUUCACCUUUCAGUUUCAAGAAAAGCAAUAUGGACAAUGUGAUAGUGCUGGUUCUUUUGUGUUUUCUGAUUUUUGGUUAUACAAAAUGUCAAGAUCUACACCUAAUCGAAAAUAAACCAGGCCUUUGCUUCAAAAUUCACACCCCGAGUCAACCCCGUUUAUUUCCCAAUCCCCGCAGAGUGGAAUAUCCCGAUCUGUUUCAAUCAUGUACGGAAUGGCUGAAAGAAGACAGAAACUGUCUUGGUCUUCGAACUCAGAACAAUGAAGUCUUGGUCCUUUAUUGCAAAGGUGUCAGAAACAGAAGCAGACCCGGAUGUUACAAGAUAAUUAACAAAGACAAGAGAGAAGAAAUAGUGUGUCAGAAGAUCAAUAAGAAGGAGGGGUGUGAAACUAUUACAACUCGAACCAACCUCACGAUUGUUGUUUCGUGUUCUCUUAGGACUUAUACAAGAGACGUCAAAAUAAGAAAAAGUCUUCGUCAACAAAAAGGAGAAUGAAUUUGUAAUUGCAGAUGGAACAGAAGUUUUCAGAAUUUUAUUUGAAGUUAUCACAUUUAUAAAAUUUGAAAAGUUUUGAUAGAUGGAAAUUUUCGUUUCAUACAUCUUGACAAUAAAAAUCGAAAAAUAUAAAAUAAGCAUCAAAAAUGUAUAACCAAAAACGAAACCAUUGUACUUCGAUGUAAAUAUAAUACCUAUAUUCAGCUUUCUA